UCAGAAAACAAAAUGUUAAGAUACGGACACAGAAACACAGAUUGCGUUAGAGAGAGAAACCUCGGAUCCAAAUUGUUCUUCUAAAGUUCUUAUUUUUCUAACAACAACUAACCAUAUCUAUUGUUCAACUCUUUCCAUUUGAAUAUGACAUAUUAUGCAACUGAGGAUUGAGAUAGAUAUAGUGUGCAUGUGAAGACAAGGACAUUUCCAGAAAAAGUGUUUCUUAAAGACCCAGCAAAAAUCCAGGCCUCUGAUUCCUGAAUACACACUCCCUUCAAUGCCAACACCAAUACUGUCUUCAUGAUUACGAUUGCAAUCUAUUUCUAUUUGGUGGGGGAUCUAAAAAAUUUGAGCUUGGAUGCAAUGUGGGUUGAAUUAGGGCAGUUAUAGGUGUCCUACCUGUCAGGGUGACCCUCUUGGAUCUUCCACACAAUGGCAUUGUUCCGCAAGUUCUUCUAUAAGAAGCCCCCAGAUGGGCUUCUAGAAAUCACUGAAAGGGUUUAUGUCUUUGAUUACUGCUUUACCACGGAUGUUAUGGAAGAAGAUGAAUAUAGAGUGUAUCUAGGAGGAAUAAUUGGGCAACUUCGUGGUCACUUCCCCGAUGCUUCAUUCAUGGUGUUCAACAUGCGGGAAGGAGACAGCCAAAGCCAGAUUUCAAACAUUUUGUGUGACUAUGAUAUGACUGUGAUAGAUUAUCCUCGACAGUAUGAAGGGUGCCCGUUGCUUACCAUGGAGAUGAUCCAUCAUUUCUUGAGAUCAGGUGAAAACUGGCUUCAACUUGGGCAUCAAAAUGUUGUCUUGAUGCAUUGUGAACGAGGUGGGUGGCCGUUACUAGCGUUUAUGCUGGCUGCACUCUUGAUUUAUAGGAAGAUGUUUACAGGGGAGCAGAAAACACUAGACAUGAUAUAUAAACAAGCUCCUCGGGAACUUCUGCAGUUGAUGUCACCAUUGAAUCCUUUACCUUCACAAUUGAGAUAUCUUCAGUACAUAUCAAGAAGAAAUGUUGGUUCAGAAUGGCCUCCUCUUGAUAGGGCACUUACUUUGGACUGUGUAAUUAUAAGACUCAUUCCUAACAUGGGUGGAGAGGGUGGUUGCCGUCCUAUAUUUAGAAUAUAUGGGCAAGACCCUUUUAUUCCUGCAGAUCGAACUCCCAAAGUUCUCUUUUCAACUCCAAAAAGGAGCAAACUUGUUCGCUACUGUAAGCAGACUGAUUGUGAACUGGUUAAGAUUGACAUCCACUGUCAUGUUCAAGGAGAUGUCGUUUUUGAGUGUAUUCAUCUGCACAGUGAUUUAGAGCAUGAAGAAAUGAUGUUUCGGGUGAUGUUUAAUACAGCAUUCAUAAGAUCAAAUAUUUUGAUGCUUAACCGUGAUGAAAUCGACAUACUAUGGAAUGCUAAAGAUUGCUUCCCUAAGAAUUUCAGAGUGGAGGUUCUUUUCUCAGAUAUGGAUGCUUCAUCUUCUGUUAUUUCAAUUGAUCUGCCUCGUGUUGAGGAGAAAGAUGGCCUCCCUGUUGAAGCAUUUGCAAAGGUCAAGGAGAUUUUCAGCAACGUGGAUUGGCUAGAUUCAAAGGAAGAAGUAGCAAGUGUGCUCCAACAUAUCACAUCUUCAAAUAUCCUUCUGGAAAAAUUCGACGCUGGGGUUUCUGCUGCAACUAGUGGCUUGCAAAGGGAGUCAUCUGAAAAUUCUGCAGCUGUUUUGAAGGCAUACAGUGAUCCAAACAUUCAGACUUCUGCAGUUCAGGGGAAACAUUCUACAUCCUCAUUGGGAUCGUCUUUGGAUUUUGCUUUGGGAAAUAAGACCGAACCAUUAGAGUCAAAGACAUUGUCCGAAAAUGACAUGAAGACUCUAGAGUCAUUAGCAUCCACUGAUGGAGAUUCAUUGGCAAAGAAGAUUGAUUUGUUAGGAUCAAAGGAGAAAACAAUUGAUAACUCAUCUGUUAGUGCUCCUAUGGAAAAGAACAAUGACUCUCUAGAACUGAAGGAAUCACCAGAAAAUAGCCUCAGGACUUCUGCUUCCACAAGUCAGGGGAAACAGCUUACUCCCUCAUUAGAUGAGGCCAAGGUUCCAUAUAAGGAUGCAUAUUCAAUGACACAGGACGUGGGACCAUUAGAGACAAAGGAAAAGGAUACUGAAUCAUUAGAAACAAAGUCAUUAAUGGAACAACCUGUUGAAGCAAGCACAAUUAAAACGAAAAUUGAACCUCAUGAAUUGCAGGUUUCCCUCCAGCUUCCCACUCAAACAAAAAUAAUUUCUUCACCGGUGCGUCCAACUGUCCGAUCUGCUUCUGCUUCCACUUCUUAUUUUAACUCCUUAAAAGGUUCACCUGUAGCUAUCUCAAGAUAUCGUAGUGCACCAUCAGCUCUUGGAAUAACAUCUGUGUUGCAGGAUCAUGAAGCAGUGGAUAUCAAAGAAGUAACUCAUGCAGUUACAGUAUCUCCUCCAGCUUCAGAUUCCAAGGUGUUGAAAACUUCAGUUGAUGCUCUUAAAACCACGGAAAAGGCUUUUGAAUCCCUUUCUCCUGCAGCUGCAACUACACCACCGCCACCGCCACCACCAUCUCCUCCUCCCCCAUCAUUUUCUCCAGCUCCUUCCCUUCCUAAAGGUCCUCCUCCACCGCCGCCUCCACCUGCGCUGUCUGGGUUUCCAUCUUCAUUGGGUAUAAAUGAAUCAGUUUCUGUGCCUAGCACUCCUCCUCCUCCCCCGCCUCCACCUCCUAGCCUUUCAGGUUCUGCACCACCACCACCACCCCCUCCUCCCGCUUCUGCAUUCCAAAAUUCUUUGUCUGAGAACUCCAAAAGUGGUCCUCCUGUACCCCCACCUCCACCUCCUAGCCUUCCUGGUUCAGCUCCAUCAUCAUCACCUUCAGCGCCACUACCACCCCCUCCUCCAGGCUCUACGUCCCAAAGUUCUUUGUCUAGCUCCACAAAUGUUCCACCUGUACCCCCACCUCCCCUUUCUGCCAAUGGAUUGUCAAAACCUGGAGUUCCUGGACCUCCUGGAGUUCCUGGACCACCUGGACCACCUGGAGUUCCUGGACCACCUUCUGCUCCUUUUGGUGCAAAGGGUCGUGGCCUGAUGCGAGCUAAUGCAAAAGGUCAAUCUAAGAGGAGCAAUCUGAAACCUUACCAUUGGUUAAAAUUAACAAGGGCGAUGCAAGGAAGCUUAUGGGCUGAGACACAAAAACUAGAUGAGUUUUGUAGGGCUCCAGAGUUUGACAUGUCAGAACUUGAAACUUUGUUCUCCGCAGCUUCUCCAGCUUCUAAUGAAAAAGGGGGAAAGUCAAAUCGCCGUGCCUCUGGGCAAAAAGUUGAGAAAGUUCAACUGAUUGAGCUCAGGCGGGCCUAUAACUGUGAGAUCAUGCUUACAAAAGUCAAAAUCCCUUUGCCUGACUUGAUGUGUGCUGUGCUUGCAAUGGAUGAUACAGUAUUAGAUAUCGAUCAAAUUGAGAACCUUAUAAAAUUCUCUCCAACCAAAGAAGAGAUGGAAACACUCAAGAACUAUACCGGGAAUAAGGACAACUUGGGAAAGUGUGAGCAGUUCUUCUUAGAAUUGAUGAAAGUGCCAAGAGUGGAAAGCAAGCUAAGAGUUUUCUCUUUUAAGAUGCAAUUCUUAUCCCAGGUUUCAGAGCUGAAAAGAGAUUUGAAUAUUGUGAAUUCUGCAUCUGAAGAGAUAAGGAAUUCAGUCAAGUUGAAAAGAAUCAUGCAGACCAUUCUUUCUCUGGGUAAUGCUUUGAACCAUGGAACUGCAAGAGGUUCGGCUGUUGGGUUUCGAUUGGAUAGUCUCCUUAAACUAACUGAUACACGAGCAAGAAACAACAAGAUGACUCUUAUGCAUUAUCUCUGUAAGGUGCUUGCUGAAAAACUAGGAGAACUUCUCGAUUUCCAUAAAGACCUAUUGAGUUUGGAGGCGGCAACCAAGAUACAAUUAAAAUACUUGGCAGAGGAAAUGCAAGCUAUUAGUAAAGGACUGGAGAAAGUAGUUCAGGAAUUGACUGCAUCAGAGAAUGAUGGACCUGUGUCAGAAUUCUUCUGCCAGAUUCUGAAGGAAUUUCUUUCUUAUGCUGAAUCUGAAGUAAGGUCUUUGGCUCAACUUUAUGCCAAUGUGGGUAGAAAUGCAGAUGCAUUGGCUUUAUACUUUGGUGAAGAUCCAGCACGUUGUCCAUUUGAACAAGUUGUAUCUACGCUGCUCAACUUUGUGAGGUUGUUCGUGAAAGCACAUGACGAAAAUUGCAAGCAGAUUGAACUAGACAGAAAGAGAGCAGAGAAGGAAGCAGAGCAUGAGAAGUUGAAGCUAGCUGCUGCCAAGAAGGAGGCUGAACAUAUGAUGAGGACCACCAUAAAGAGUGGGGAUAUUAAAUGAUAUGAUCCUUUGAAGGCCUCAAAACAAGAGUUGUUCCACAGUGAUAAAGAUCCCGUGUGGUUGGAUGAAGAAAACCCUUUGCGCAAGUGCAGAAUCAUCUUGUUCUUGGCUGCAUUGACAUUGAUGAUGACCCUAUAACUCAAGUUCUCUAAUGAAAGAAAUGUGGUGCUCAUGGCAUAUAUGGCUGAGGAUUAUGUUCAUGUUAAGUAAUAAGCCUUCUCAAAGCUCGUUUUAUGUUGAUGUGUACCCUGCAUAGUCAUGAGUUUUUAAUUGACAUUCAUUUCAAUCUCAAUUUGUUCCAUGUCAUGCAGAAAAGCAGUUUUAUGGUGUUCACUUCAGUGAGGAGUGGUGAACUGUCAGUGUACAAAUUGAUCUAGUUUUACUCUUCUAGUCCAAAGUUGUGUACUCACAUUAGCGAUGUAAAUGUUAAUCCAGUGGUAUAUCCCCCCUAUAAGAUAGAGCAGUAUUUAAAUUUUACUUCAACUUGAGAGUGCUUAGAGGCACCAAUACUGAGUUUUCAUUUAACUAACUGAUGAAGGAAAAUGCUUUGUAAAUAUUGAACUUCUGGUUAGAGUACAUGUUAUUCA